CCUCAAAGUGAAUUCAGUUUCCACAUAUAUCAAUUUGGACUUCCUGAUCAAGAAGCUAAAGGAUGAUGGAGAAACAGAGAAGGUCCAUAAAUUAGAAAUGAUCGACAGCCAAAUGGAUGGAGGAGCCAAAUCAGUCAUUGGAUGCAGGGUUGACAACACAUCCAUACAACAUGUAAUCUCCAAUAGUGAUGUCAUCAGCUCAGAAACUUCAGUUAUCUACCAGCUUAAAACAAGAAAAAAGACAGUUGACACCCUAACCAGAGUGACCUUUGGUAAGAAAAACCACAACAAACCAAAUAAAACCAUCCUGCUUGUUGGUGAAACAGGGGCAGGGAAAUCGACUCUGAUCAACGCUCUGGUCAACUACGCCAUGGGAGUGACAUUGGAAGAUAAAGCCUGGUUUCAGAUCGUAGAAGAUGAGAAAAGGAGUCAGACAGAAAGCCAGACAUCAGAUGUGAUUGUGUACGAACUCUUUGGUUUUGAAGGUAAAACUCUGCCCUUCUCUCUGACCAUCAUUGAUACUCCUGGAUUUGGAGACACCAGAGGGAUUGAAUAUGAUGUUGUUGUCAGUGAAAGAUUAUUUCAAUUGUUUCAAUCAAAAAAUGGCAUAAAAGAACUUCAUGCAGUGGGUCUGGUAGUAAAGUCGAGCGUGAAUCGACUGAGUGACCGACUUAAGUACAUCUUUGAGUCAGUGAUGUCUCAGUUUGGGAAAGACAUAGAGAAAAACAUUGUAGCUUUGGUCACUCACUCCAAUGGAAGAAAACCAAGGGUCUUGCUUCAAGCUCUCAAUGCUGCCAAGAUUAAAUGUGCCAAAGAUGAGGAGGAACAACCUGUUCACUUCCUCUUCAAUAACUGCCGACAUGAAGAGCAGAUAGAAGAAAAGCAUUAUAAAAAUGCUGACAAGAUAGCAGUGAAAGGUCUGAGUGGCUUUGCUGCCUUUCUGGAGAAAACUGCACCCCGAAAACUAGACAUGACUUUAGAUGUUCUCAAUGAACGGAUCAGACUGUCCGCCUGCAUCCAAAACCUGCAGGAAAGGAUCCGACUGUCUGAGCUGAAAGAGGCAGAAACUAAACAGAUUAAAGAAGCUCUGGAGAUACAUGAGGAAAAGAAGGAGAAGGAGAAGUUUGCUGUAGAAAUUUAUGAAGCAUACAUAGAAAAAGAAGCGAUUGAAGGAGAGAUGUGGUUGAUGACUUUAAUUAAAGGAGCAGUUUGCUGUACUUUCUGUGAGGAAAACUGUCACUAUUCCGGGUGUGCUAAACUCCCCAAAGACUGUGAGGUAAUGAAAGAUGGCCGCUGCACUGUUUGCUCUUCAAAAUGUCCUGUAGCUACUCAUGUGAAAGGAAAGUGGAGAUAUGUGACAAAAACAAGGAAAGUUCAGAGGAAUAUGGAAGACAUAAGAAAAAGAUCAAAACGUUUGAGCUUCAUAGAAAGUUUUGAGGAUGAAAUCACAGACCUGAAAGCAGAGAAGUCUAAUUUGCUUGAUGAGUGCUUCCAACAUGUUGUCAAUCUGGAGCAGAUUGCUCUCAAAGCUAAUUCUGUGUCCACAUUUGUCCACUUGGACUUCUUGAUUGAUAAGUUGAAAGAAAAUGGAGACACAAAGAAGUCCGAAAAGCUAGAGGAAAUAAAGAAAAAAGAAGAUGAAGGAAUUGCAUCCAUCUUGAAGUACAUUUGGGGUAAAAUAAAAAUAAAGUGAAAUAAGAGCUAAACAGUCAUCUGGGAACUCUCUGACACGGAUUUGAUGUCUGCAUUAUAUUAUCCAAGUCUCUGGAUGAAAUUAGCCACAAUAUGGAGACUAAAGACUGUCAGAAAAACCUUCAUUAGGCCAUUUCUAAUAAGUCGUUAAGGGUUUAUGGUUGUAGUCCGAUCCACUACAAUGUCAGUAAAAUACAAGAUGUGUGGACUAGUUUUUCUGUAUAUUUUUCACCUCGAUGGGUAGGCUUUAUGUUUUUACAUGCAUGUGUACACACUCAGGAUGGUUAAGCCUGCCUUUGAAAGUUGGCAGGAAAAUAAUUUGUUUGACUCCAUUGGGUGUAAAGUGUAAGGUUUGGUGGAGGGAGAAUUAUGAUGUGGGGAGCCCACUUAGCCUUAGGUUUCUGUAUUACGAGGAAAUGAGGACCAGUGGAACCCCUUGCCAUGAACAAUGGACUGGAGUAACAGAAGAAAUCUACAUUAUGAACACUGACACAUCAUUUGAGACUGCAGAAAGCACAAAUGGAUGAAAAGUGGACAAAAUGGUCAAUAUUCAAGACAAAAGACAGAGGAAAAAAUGGACAAAUCAGGAAAAGUACUUCUGUUGUUUUAUGUUGUGUAAUGUUGAAUGUGAAUUGUUCAUAUAUGUUAUGUAAAAUGUUAUUAAACGGUUAUAUGAGGAAAAAAAAACAAUAAUCAUACAGACUAAAAUCUAUAAAUAAAUAAAAUAUCCAUGAUCAUUAUAGAACAUGUAAUGGUUUUAACAUUUAAAUUUGAUUUUAAGGUCCCUGCAUUUUCAUAUAAAUCUCACCUUAAUGAAAAUGAGAAAAUCUGAAAAUCAAGGUUUUGUUCCAGAAGUUUGGUGGUGUGAAUUCAUGACUGUGGUACCGUGAAAGGUUCUGUAGUGGUUCAGUUUAUAGUUCUAAGGUAAACAGGUUAAGGUUUAUGAAUGCCCUGCAUGCUUUCUGACCAUGGUCAAUUAGGCAAAACUCAAUAACUCUGAAAAUGAAGCCAUGAAUGAAAGGCCUGUUCCAGAAAAUCACUUCACAGAAGUACAAAGUACAGGCAGGAGUGAAAUGACUAAUUGGAUGCUGGUGAGUGGAAGGCAUCAUGUCUUAGCACAUGUGACAUUGACAUAUGGGAAUUAUUAAGAAUUAAAAGAGGAAUAACU